GCGAAUUUCAGUGCGAACGUAUAACAAUAGCGCCGAAUGUUGAAACAAUGGUCCCUUCAUACGUCACAAGAAAUGGCGAACAGAGGUGUAAUAUGCAUGAUAUUUCUCACGAUACCUAUUGCCUUUGGCCUGCACAAAUUUUUACGCAUGAGUUGCCGCAAUGAAGCAUUGUUCAAAGGAAAAUACAGGGACUUGACUGUAACGUCCAGCUCAUCGCAUAUCAUAUCAUUGACAACGGAGCUUCAAGUGCGACAUUGUGCAAGGGGAUGCACCAAGAACACACUGUGUAAGUCUUUCGCAUUCAACAAACUACUGUCUGAGGGCAAUUGUAAGUUGUUGAAUAACGAGAAGUCAGAUCUCAACACCAAUGACAUCAUAUCAUCCUCUGGGUGGAUAUUAUACGAGCCGGUAGAACAGACUUCAUCCAGAUGUCAAGGAAGGUGUACCGUGGGUUAUGCUUGCAAAGAAACUUGUGGAAACACUGAUGGAUAUACCUGUGAAGACAUUAACGAGUGUUUGACUUCUCCUUGUGCUAAUGGUGGAACAUGCUCCAACACUGCCGGGAGCUACAGCUGCUCCUGUUCAUCGGGAUGGUCAGGAACACAUUGUAGGAAAAAAGUGCUUGGAACAAUAACAUCGAUCAACUACCCGUCUAAUUACUUGGAUAACUACGAGGAAGCUUGGAAUCUCAAAGCUGGUAGUACUUGCAAGAUCGAAAUAACAUUUGAUUCGUUUUUAACAGAGAGUACUCACGACAGAGUUUCAUUAUGGGACGGCAGCCCUUCUUCUUCUUCUUUGAUUAUAACACUGAGUGGAAACCAUACAGGUGCAACCUAUUGUUCAACUGGCUUUUCGAUGUAUGUUAAUUUUACAACUGACCACUCUAAAGUUUACACUGGUUUCAAAGGAACGUAUAAAUGUGUUCCUUAGGACAUUCCAGGUACUCAAUCAUCAAUGUUUGUCUCCAUUAUGUAAUUAUUGUUUGUUCUAUGAAAUGUGGUAAUGAGUGGGUAAGAGAUCAAGUAGGGCUAGAGGAGAGGAAGAGGAGAGGCGACAGCUUGGUACUUGCUUCCAUCGAAGGAGAGACAAAAGGAGAAACAGAAAGAGGAAGAAGGAGAGUGGAAAGGAUUACAAGCAUCAUAACAUGACAAAGUGGAGUAAAGCAAGCUCAUAAAAAUGCUUAUAAGAGGAGGCCAACGGUAGUGGCUGCGCCAGCUUUUGCAUAGUGGGAGGGUGUCGGUGGUGGCCAGUGAAACAACGCCCUUUUUGUCUCGUCUACAAAAUGACGAAAAUAAAAUCUACCCUUCCAAUAGCUUUUGAAUCAAUGUUCAGAAAAGCCAUGUGAACCAUGUUUUUACAAAUGUGGAGGGAUGGUUAUUACUCCCCUUACCCCCAUUUUUGCGCCGCCACUGGUCAACGGUCAAAUCUUGAUGGACAAUGACAACAUCAUCGAUAUGUAACAAUGAUAUGUAACAGUCUAACUCAAUAACGGAUGGUGGCAAAAAAUUAUCAUAGUUACUCAGUAAAAAUCAUAGUGUGGGAAAGCUCGUGGAGCUCCUUUUUGUAUUAUUUGAUUACCCAUUCUUCUUGUAAGUGACAAAACUGAUUUAUGCACAGAACAGCAACAAAGCUGUGAUAGGUAUCCAUCAUAUUUCUUCCUUCCAAAUGGACCAAUCAACAUUUUUGUCAGCAAGGGACAAAUAAUGGCAGCAUUCUUCAUUCUUCAGACUAAACUUUUCAGUCCAAAUUUUAGUUUCAUACAGCAGCUCUUUUCAAUUCUACUGUAUAUUCAAUAUCAAACGAACCAGUGCUCUACAAGAAAAGGUCUUUUCGACUUCAUCUUGUCAGGCAUUGUUAAAAUAAAACUAUAAAGAAUAUUCGUUAACUUGAUAUAAUAUAUCGAGAAAUGAUUUGAAUUACUCGACGCUGUAUGGUUUAAAUCCAUAUCUAAGAAAAUUUUGUUGAGCACAAUUGCAAAGUAAAGUGACUAAGUGUAUUUGCUUAGUUGUAGAUAGUAAAUGAAGCAUGGCACAAAAUGAUUUGUUAAUCCUGUAUCAAGUAGAUCUAUCUUGAGGAAUUAGAUUUUUCUUGUUCUAUUUGAAUGUACAUUUUGGCAUUGCAAAUAUAGAUCUUUGACUUAGGCAGCAAAUAUUUUGUCAGUCCUUGUCCUGAUUUUGUAUGUUAUUUGCACUGAAAAUUAGUUUGAAUGUGUACCAUCACCAAUUGAAAAUCUUUUUAUUCACUAUUUUUCUCAUUCACAAAGAUUGGAUCGAAAUUUAGAGGAACUUGCAAUUUUAGGAAAGUUAAAAGAAAUUCUCCUUAAGGUUUACGGCGAACUCUUUCGAGUCUUUACAUCUGGUGACGUUCACAUUGUUGAGAACUAUCGUUCUAUUUCAAUCCUAUGUAGAUCGAAGAGAGGAUAGCAUCAAACAUAUUUACUCAUUCCCAGUCAAGGAAAGAUUGCUUCACAAGCUAUAAUCAGGGUUUAGAAAACUCCACUCAACUACGUCUGCUUUCCUACACAUGAUAGAUACAAAUUACACUGACAUGGAUAAUGGUCUGUUACAGACUAAUGCUAAACUAGCUAAAAUAUAACUAGCAAAGAAAAUGCUAAACCAACUAUUACUAGUGUAUGAAAGACUCUGAUAGGUAAACGUAAUCAGCUACUAAAUAAAUGUUGUUAUUUUCGGUUGAAUGAAAUGAAUUAGAAAUAAACUUAAAAAGGCUUUCGAUACGGUGAACCACCAGAUCCUGAUAUCCAAAUUCAAAGUCUUAAAUUCAGGUGUACACUUGCUACACUUGCUGUCCUCAUACUUAGAGUGUAGAGCACAGUUCAUUGAUUUCUAUAAAAAGCCAUGUCGUUCUGCAGUUAUUUCUAGUGGUGUUCCUCAGGGCCCCAUCCUCGGACCACGUUUAUUCUUAUUAUAUGUAAAUUACCUAUUAUGCCUUAUUGAUUCCCAAACAGUAAUGUUUGCUGAUGAUACAACAAUCCGGUCACAUUGGCCCUCCCACAGUAGUCUUUCUCCAAUCAUUAAAAAGGACUUUGACAGUGUUAGCCUAUACUUUCCUAUAAACUAUAUUGUUUCUAAACCUACCAAGUGUGUUGGAUUCUCGUUGGAGCAAAACUUGGACUACUCUUUACAUGUCAAUGAUACUUGUAGAUAAACAAUUAUGGCCUCCACAUAAUAAGACGUGUUGAACCUGUCGUGCCAGAGGGUAGUUUUAUCCUCCUUGUCAACUCUCUUGUUCUAAGACCCCGUUUACACUGUCCCAUGCAAGUCAAAACUGCCACGGUUCGCCCUUCGAUUUACACUAGCACUAUGGAACCGAGACGAUUUUGCUCUGCUAUCCGGAUCAGUUUUGACCCUGCUUUGAAAGCGAACGAAUUUUGUACCGUCACGGUUCCGUUUUUGAACGGGACAGUGUAAACACUUAUUGGAGACGAUUUUGUCAUGGAUUCACAAAGAGGUCUUUUGUAUGGCUGUUUCAAAGAAUCGAGGCUUUGAUUUUGGCGCAACUACGUUGUCAAAUUCCUUAUUGCAUUGUUAAUUUCAGUGGCAGCGAUUGGCUGAAUAUCUAUUGAGCAGCUAUGAUAUUCAGCCAAUAGAGAUGGCUAACACCGUCUUUGACAACGCCAUUUACAAUCUCUUCUGUUGUAUUAUUUCCCAUUCCAUGCCUUGAUUGGACUUAGAAGUUUUGUAGUCUAAAAUAACACUGAGAAUUAAAGCCACCUCGUCGUCCGUCCAAGUGAAGUUUUUAUCGGCCUUCUUCUCCAUUUUUGCUCUCAAUACAAUUUCGAUUGUUGAUUGUGGUGGCAAAAUAAAUGCCUCGGUUGACGAAAUACAGCCUCCUCUAAACAAGUUUCUACCAUCGAAUUAAGAUCGUACCAGUACUUUGUAAACGGAACGGCUAAACGGAACAAUUUGGAAGGGCGACAGCUUAUUCCCAAAGUCUAUUUUUUUUAACUCAGUCAGGCAUUCAUAUCUCGCGAGGGCAUAUCUUGACUGCGGAGGAAACGAUAGAAUGCGAAGUCUCCUCCGCAGUUUAGAUAUGCCCUCGCAGUAGUACGAAUGCCUUACGGCAUUGCAAAAUAGACCUUGGGAAAGUCUAGUGUAAUUGUGGUCCAAGUCAAUUGGAUUAUUGCUUGCCAGUUCUGUAUAACCUUGGCGCUGGCCAAAUCGAUACACUCUUGAAACUACAGAAGCGAUGUGCUCGUUUGAUUUAUAGCUGUAACAGAAGGACACCUAGCAAGCACUAAUUUAUUAAAGGCAAUCUGUCUCGUUGUGGAUUGGUUAACGAGAACAAUAGCUGGAACAAUAGCCUAAACAAAAUUCCAGCGCUCCGCCAUAUUUUUUACAAUGCGAUGAAUAAAAGGGGGGCUGGAAGCAAUAAAAAAUCCCUUUGUUCUUAUAAUCAAUCAACGUCGUGACAGAUUGCCUUUAAACUAAAUUGGCUACCUCUUCAAAAGCGGACUGAGUUCAACGUUUGUAUCCUCAUGUUUAAAAUAUUCGCAGGUGCGACUCCGCCAUACCUUUCAAAAGUGCUUAUGCAAAUUACAGCGAGUCAUAGACAUAGGACAUAAAAUGCCAGUUGGGGAUGCCUGUACAUUUCAAGGGGCUCUCAAAGGUCUUUUAGACAAUAUGGAGCAAGGGUAUGGAUCUAUUUGCCCUAUUCAUUGAGGCAAUGUGACAAUGUCACCUUUAUAACCUCUAUGGGCAGAGAAAAGUCGGACUCUUCCAAUUAGUAUGGUUGGAUUCUUAAAAAUCUUUUCAACUAUAAUUUUUGCUAUCUUUUUUACUGUCAUCAAUCAUCAAUAUGAUUAUAGCUGAUUAUUUAAAUUUUGUACUAAAGUUCACUGUUUCUAUUUCUUUUUAGGUUGAUUUUAGAAUAUUUGUAAUUUUAAUCAGUGAACCAAACUGAAAACAGGUUUUUGAAUUUAUUUUGUAAUUCACAUUAAAGAUUAUUAUAAAAACGUUCUUAAUCAAGUUUCUGAGAGAAGUCUCCUCUUAAGAUUUCAAAAGACGCAAACAAAAAACAGGCCAACCUUUGUCCCAUAUUCCAUCGUAUAAAGCAAACAACAUGCUUUUAUGUUCAAUAGCAAGAACUGAGCGAAUUGAGUAGGAAGUAAGAGGUAGAGCAGGUGGAUUGAAUUUUCCAAGCGGUCAAUCCCUUCUUACCUUUAAGGUCAUAUUUUUUAUUUCGAGAUGAAUUUUCGUGGGUCAUAUGGAACUUUCCCUUUUCUAUAGAAUCUUUUUGGGAAAAUGGAAAAUUGUGGGUCAGCAAACCAAAAAUGAGAAUCAUUCUGCAGAAAACUGUUUGUAAAAAAGUGAGUUUGAAUGCUGAUGUUUCAUCAUUUUUAAAGAAAAUUGACUAGGAUCUGACGAGAGACAUGAAUCAGAACAAGAAAAAAUGCAUGCUUUCUUUUGGAAUACCCUUCGAUUAAAACAGUGAAAUUGUUCUUUCUAGAGAUUCCUGAAGCACCAGUUGAUUCUGAAAUUGUCCCCCGGGGUAGUGUUAACGUAUAGGGUGUGUUCUUUCUAGAGAGACUUUAAUUUUGCCGCCAAAAUCAAUACAACACCCUGUUCAUGCCUGCUACGUUCCAUUUCAUAUCAGUUCUAUGUAAGAGAGCUUCAGUUUGAAACAAUAACUUAAAAAACACUCAAAUUCCUAGUUACGUCAUAUAUUAUAUUGUAAGCACGUAAGUUAGUAUUGUCAA